AAGAGAAUUUUAUUCGUUGCAACACAUUUUAUCAUCUUUUUCUAUUGAAGUCAGGUCAGUUAUCUAAUCUAAAUUAGGACAUUUUAGUCUGAUCUGACAUUACCACCUCUAAAAUUAAUAACAAUAAUUAGAAAUAGUCUUAGAGUCAGCCACAAUGUUGCCAUCAACAACCAGUUUACCCAUGCUAUUAUAACUGGCAUUAGACUUCUCUGUAACCUAAGAAAAAGUUUGCUUAGUACUAUUGUUCCCCCUGCUCCAUCCACAUCCUCACAGAUCAUAAAUGCACCUUCAGUUUUUCAAUUUGUAACUAUCAUCAUGUUGUUCUUGUAAUGUAUUGGGUAAAGCGGUUUCAUCACUUCCCAUGGUUUCUGAGGGACUCUGGUUUACAACAAUUAUUUGCCACUUCUUGUUUGUCUCUUUCGAUGACGUCACAGACCACCCGACGUCUCGCAAUUCCACUUUAAAAACUGGCUGCUUGUCUCAGCAUGUAGGAUUUGGAAUAAGAGGUCCUCAAAAGCAGCCGAUGACUAAGAUGGCGAUCAAAACAAUAUUGUUUUUAGUGCUAAUUGCACAUGUAUGCAGCGUCUCCUCAAGAGGGUACUAUGAGACAGUGGACGAGUUCAAUGGUGACUAUUCUGGAGACUUUGAAGAUUAUUCCAUUAACAGUUCCAGUUUUCCCGAUGAACUUCCUGGAGAUGAUAUAAUUGCAGGAAUCGAUGAUUUCAUUACAGAAAUUAUUGAAGUGCAGUCGUGUAACAGCUCUGAUCUAGACGGAGUGAAAUGCAACAUUACACGGAUUUCAUACAACAUCUCAGAUCAGGCUGUUGAGUUCCUGAAAGGCCCGCUGGUCACUCGCUUCAUGCCGUCCUUCUUCAUCAUCAUCAUCCUCCUCAGUUUGCCUCUGAACGCUUUGGCUUUGGUGACGUUCACCUGCAGGAUCAGAGAAAAGAAACCAGCUGUGAUCUACAUGUCUCACCUGGCGUGUGUGGAUCUGCUCUUCGCCCUGCUGCUGCCUCUGAAGAUCCACUACCAGCUGAACGCUUCUGAUUGGCUGUUUGGUGAGGCGGCGUGUCGUGUGCUCACUGCAGCUUAUUACUGCUACAUGUACUGCUCCAUACUGCUGAUGAUGUGCAUGAGUGUGGACAGACUGCUGGCCGUGGUGUUUCCAGUCGCCUCUUUAACCUGGAGAAAUGCGAGGAAAGCCUCGUUCAUAUGCGCAUUAGUCUGGCUGCUGGCGCUCGCUGGUACUGUGCCACUACUCUGCAUAACUCAGACAUUCAGGAUUAAGGAUGUGGGCGUCACUUGCCAUAAUGUGCUGUAUAACACACAGCUGUAUGCAUAUCUGUUAUCCUCCCUCUCCUGCCUGUAUUUCUUCUUGCCGCUGGUUGUUGUUUUAGUGAGCUACUCCAGAAUCAUAUAUGUGCUCAAUGCAAAGUCUGAUCAUUUAGCAGCUUCAUCUUCAUCCAACAAAAGGAGAGCUGUGAUCAUGACUGUUUUUGUGCUGAUUGAGUUUGUGGUGUGUUUUGCUCCAACUAAUGUCAUCUUGUUGCAUCACUGUGUUCGAUUAGCUACUGAAGGCAGCGCUGAGGGGGGAAAAUACUACAUGUUGGCUGUGUGUUUGGGCAGCGCAAGUGUUUUUCUGGAUCCUCUGCUGUACUAUUAUGGCUCGUCUCAGUUUAGACAGAAAAUUGGUUCUCUGUUUUGCUGGGGGAAGACAAAAAGUGGAAGCACAAAUAGUAAAACAAAAUCCUCACGUUAGCUGUGAGUACGCUCAGGCUUAAGUUGCGAUGUGAACAUAUAGUAUAUUCAGCUGCCCUUUACUGAUUUCUAAUUUGUUUGCAUGCUUGUCACACUGUAAUAUUUCUGAUCAUCAAACAAUUUUAAAAAUUAAUCAAAGAAAACACAAGUAAACACAUCAUGCAGUUUUGAAAUAAAGGUUUUUAUUCAUUCAUUUUUAUUUGCUUUUCCGGGGCCAGGUUGUGGGGGCAGCAGUCUUAGCAGAGAACCCCAGACUUCCCUCCCGUGAGAUACUUUCCCCAGCUCCUCCGGGAGGGUCCUGAGGCAUUCUCAGGCCAGCCGAGAGACAUAGUCCCUCCAGC